GGGAUGAAGACUCCUCUCAGCCCCUCACAGCUCCUGGAGAGUGGGCAGAUCUUUGCCUUUGGAGGGAUGUGUCAAGACCUGAUGGACACACCCACACCUACAAGCAUCAGUCUUUCUGUCCAGCAGACUCCGUCCCCAGGUCAGGGCGGGGCCUACUCGCUGUGUGAGGUGUGUAACCUGCAGCUGACCUCUGAUGCUCAAGCCCAGCUGCACUACAACGGCCGGUCUCACCUCCGGAGAGUGAGACAGCUCCAGGCUGGAGAGACGGGACAACAUGCAGCAGGGGCCCAAUCCAGGUCUCUCCCACAGGCCACAGGGCUCAGCUCUCAGCCUGCAGGACUAACUCCGACCCCAGGCCUGAGCCCAGGCCUCGGCGCUCCACCAAGCACCACUGCAGGAAGUGGGUGUGGUGCAGUAGGAGCACCGUUGCCGGGGCUGAUAGGCGCCACUGGUCCCUCAGUGAUGAUGAAACCAUUCCUGUCGUUUCCGGUCGAGACGACGUCACCCGUUGGACUUUUUCCAAACUUCAACACGAUGGACCCGGUGCAGAAGGCCGUCAUCAACCACACCUUCGGCGUUACCAUGGUGCCCAAGAAGAAACAGGUCAUCUCCUGUAACGUCUGUCAGCUGAGAUUCAACUCUGAUUCUCAAGCAGAGGCUCAUUACAGAGGCAGUCGUCACGCCAAGAAGCUCAAGUCUCAGGAGAACAAGGCCAAGGCCAAGCUGUCAGUCACUUCAGAGACCAAUGGGAGCAGCUCUAAGCCUGCGGGCCCCGCCUCUCAUGUUUCAGCUAACAGCAGCACCAAUCAGCACACAGAAUUUUUAUCCAGCCUCACCGACUCCACCUCCGCCUCCCCUAUCAAAGUCUUCCUCCUCCCCCCCUCCUCGUCCUCCCCUCCCUCCUCCUCCUCGUCCCCCUCCUCUAGCAGAGCGGGCAGUGAGCCUCCCCCACCCAGCCCCCCCUCCGCCCUCCCCGCUCCAGGCCUGUCUUCCUCUUCGUCCACCUCAUCCUCUUCUUCCAAAGCUUCUCCUCCUCCCCCUCCUCCAGCUCCUGUCACCUCCUCUUCAUGCCCUGCUCCUCCUCCUCCUCCUCCUCCUCUUCUUCCCCUUCUUCCCCUUUGCCAGGAUGCUCCUCCCUCAGUGGAGUCUGAGGAGGAGAAGGCGAAGAAGCUGCUCUACUGCUCUCUUUGCAAAGUUGCUGUCAACUCUCUGUCUCAGCUGGAGGCUCAUAAUGCAGGUUCAAAACACAAGACGAUGCUGGAGGCUCGGAGCGGGGCUGGGCCAAUCAAGGCCUACCCUCGACCCGGAGCCAAGCUGAAGAACGGCAGCAGCGCCGGGCUGAAGGGCUCCGGCCUGCAGAACAAAACCUUCCACUGUCAGAUCUGUGACGUCCACGUCAACUCUGAGAUCCAACUCAAACAGCACAUCUCCAGCAGGAGGCACAAGGACAGAGUGGCAGGAAAACCCAGCAAACCCAAAUACAGCCCUUAUAAUAAACAGCAGCGAAACUCUCUCACUAAGGAGUUAGUGAAGCCCUCCCUCUCUCCCCCUUUCCUCACCACACCCUUCGCUCCCCCGCCCUCCUCCCUCACCUCCACCAUCUCGCUCCCUCCCUCCUCUCUCUCCUCCUCCCCACUCCUCACUCCCACCUCCUCACCCCUCACCCCUGCCAUCUCUCUCCACCCUCGCCCUCCAGCCUCCUCAUCCCUCUUCACCGCCUCCUUCCUGCGCCCGGCUCCUGGACCAAUCAGAGCGAGCCAAGGGUCGAUUCUCUUCACACCCUACUGAUGACAGUGGCGGCGGUGGGGGGGGGGGGGGGGGGUCGAACCAGUGACCUCUGACCUCCAGUUUGUUGGAGCUGCAGGGGCAGAGGAGUCCAGAAGAGACAUCGGCUCUGCCGUUGUGGCUGCAGGGAUUCAAACCUUCUCACCUGACUGAGGCUUUGCAAAGAGACAUGAGAGUACAGAACUUCCUCCUUCUGCCUGGAUCAGACGUCUUUGUCUUGGGUCUGAAACAACCUGGAGCAACCUGUGACGAUUUUAUCCAAACUAGAAAUGGACACAUCGCUUUAAAUAAACCAGAGCUGAACCCAGGAAGAA